UUUUUUUUUUUUUUUACCAAAGAUUAGUGUCUUUGUGCCGUUUCACGUCAAAGCGCCUUUAUAAGGCGGCCUUUUUGUGCGCUGCGCAACGAGAGGAGGACUCGGUCGUGUGCAAAGCGCGUACAAGUUUGUGCGUUGUUUGUGUGUGUGUGUGUGUUUUUUUAACAAACAUGGCAGCGUUUGCGUUACCGGAGGGAUUCACGGAGUUUGACAUGUUUACGUUCGGCUCUGCGCUGCUGGUGGGCGGCCUGAUUGGAUUCUUCCUCAACGCCAUCAGCAUCGCGUCUUUCCUCAGGGUGAAGGAGAUGUGGAACCCCAGCAACUUCUUUGUGUUCAACCUGGCGGUGGCCGACAUCUGUUUGAACGUGAACGGCCUCACGGCUGCGUACGCCAGCUACCUCAGAUAUUGGCCAUUUGGUCAAGAUGGAUGCACCUUUCACGCUUUUCAGGGCAUGAUAGCGGUACUGGCGUCCAUCAGCUUCAUGGGUGUCAUCGCGUGGGACAGAUAUCACCAGUACUGCACCAGACAGAAGCUCUUCUGGAGCACUACUUUGACGAUGAGCGCCAUCAUCUGGAUCCUUUCCAUCUUCUGGGCUGCUGUUCCCCUCAUGGGAUGGGGCGUCUACGACUUUGAGCCUAUGAGGACGUGCUGCACGCUGGACUACACCAAAGGGGACAGGGACUAUGUGACCUACAUGCUGACUCUGGUGUUCCUCUAUCUGAUGUUCCCAGCGCUCACCAUGUGGUCGUGUUACGACGCCAUCCACAAACACUUUAAGAAGAUCCAUCUCCACAAGUUCAACACCAGUACGCCCCUGAGGGUAUUGCUGAUGUGCUGGGGCCCCUACGUCCUCAUGUGUAUCUACGCCUGCUUUGAGAACGUGAAGGUCGUAUCUCCAAAGCUCAGAAUGGUGCUUCCAGUUGUUGCAAAGACAAAUCCCAUCUUCAACGCCCUCCUCUACUCAUUCGGAAAUGAGUUCUACCGUGGCGGCGUGUGGCACUUCCUCACCGGGCAGAAGAUGGUUGAUCCAGUUGUCAAGAAGUCAAAAUAAAAGGAAACUUAAGUGUGUUAUCAUCAGAUCAUCCAUCGAUGAGCCCUUCAGAUGUCUGUUCAGUUGGUAUAUAUUGUGGACCUGAGCUGAGAACUCAUCACAUUCUCUACAUUUGCCUAUACACAUACCAAAUUGCCUUACCGUACGCAGUGUGGCGUUGAAUUUUAGUUUGUAUUAAGCAGUUUAAAUUGUGCAGAAAAAAAUACUCAAUUUGCAGCCCUUCCUGGUGUAACAAACUUUGCACGUGAAUAAAGAUGCCAAUGUACAUGAUUACUUUACGCCGUUAAGUGAAGAGACUAGAUUUCAAUUAAUCUGAUGAACACAUGCACAAUGACAAAUUGUAAUGCUAAUACCAACAUUCAAAAGUUUGGGUUCUUUAGUGCGUAUUUCCGUGGAUUCCAUCUAUCUCAUUAUAAAAGCAAGUGUCAGCGAGGGCACAUGAAAAUAAAAGCACCUCGAUCAAAGAGGUGCUGAAAUCACCAUAGAAACACGCCUCUGUCUCGCUGAGCUCAGAGCCGACUGACGUCGUUGCCGGACAGGUGUCGGCGGGUGAAAUCCUCUCACCGUCAGAGGCGGCCUACACGCGUAAGAGGAGUCGGCCAUAAUGAGCAACACUGAACCUCAACGCAGGUUCAGAGCCAAGCAGCGUCUCCUGUCGUCUCCCUGAAUUAGAAAAAUAAAAACAUUUAUGGCUCA